GCGCUGCGGUGUGGAACGUUUAUAGCGUAAUGAGCCUAUUGCGCAAAACCAGCCUGGCCACAGUGGCGAGAGAUUUCUGCCGGAGAUGUAUCGAGAUGGGAGUGGAUGCGACAAAUCUGUGGAGUAGUGGUAGUGCAGCUGGUUUAGAUGGUUUCGUGCACGACGAUUUGGUCCAUCUCUAGCCGUACUCAAUGUGUCCGAUCCUGAGGAGACUACCAUGGUCGCUCUCCGACGGAACUUCGAGGAGCUCCAACUCCAAGUGGACGCGAAGGGUCAUCAGCCAUGUUAACCUGAAGCUGCUCAGUGACAAGCGUUUAAACCCAUGAUUGACUCGUAAAAAACUGCGAUCGGGCGGCUAAACUGUCGACAAAAAUGCCCAAAUGCAAGUCGAAGACGAGGUUUCUACCGGCGACAUGUGCUUGGACGCUGUUGAUCACAGCGACAACGUUGUUUUUCGUGUUUCCCUGCCCAGAGUUGACCGGACGGUAUCACUACAGCAUCCCCAUUGUGCAGGGCUUCGUGACGUUUUUUGUGCUUGUGAAUUUCUCCCUGGCCACAUUCAUGGAUCCUGGCAUCAUCCCAAAAGAAAAGAGAGGCACACGUCAGCCCUCAAAUGCUGUGAAAGUGAUCGAGGAUAUUGCUCGUGAAUACAAACUGUAUCACGAGAAGGACGAUGACUUCCGGUUUCCACUGUACAAGAAUGUGGAGAUCAACGGAAUCACGGUUCGCAUGAAGUGGUGCACAACAUGCCAGUUUUACCGUCCUCCGCGCUGCUCCCACUGCAGCGUAUGCAACAGUUGCAUAGAGACAUUUGACCACCACUGCCCCUGGGUGAACAACUGCAUAGGGCGGCGCAACUACCGCUACUUCUUCCUCUUCCUGAUAUUCCUCAGCACCCACAUGAUUUCCAUCUUCGCCAUGUGCCUCGUGUACAUCCUGGACAACCGCCAUCGCCUCAACAGUCACCACAGCAUCAUCACAAUGGUCAUUCUAGUGAUCUGCACCGUACUCUUCAUCCCCAUCUUGGGCCUCACGGGGUUUCACAUAGUUCUAGUCUCUCGAGGUCGAACCACAAAUGAGCAGGUCACAGGAAAGUUCCGAGGUGGCUACAAUCCAUUCUCAAGAGGUUGUUGGAACAAUAUUUGCUACACCAUAUGCGGGCCUCAGUACCCUAGCUAUGCCAGUCACCGCAAGAAGGCUAAAAAGACGGCCGCCACACCUCCCUGCUCCAACCUCCUCAAAAUCAAUGACAACCAGGUGAAAAUAUACACGGACAACAAUACCAGCAACAUGCGCAGCCCCAUGGGCAAUGCGUACAACAAGAUGUCGCAGGGCCUGGUCGAGCAUUCUGACAUUGACGCAUUUGAGGCGACGCAGUCGCGUGACUGUGAACCCUCGCCGCCGCAGCCUCUGCACCACGGCUCCAAGACCAACUUCUUCAGCCCGACGGGCAGCGGCUUCUUGCCAGGUGACGCGGCAGCCGCGCAGCACCCGGUGCCCCCGAGCAGCCUCGGCGGUGCUCCCUCGAACAGCAUCCCGCUGCAGCCCCUGCGCUGGCCGCAGAGCCCGUGCCGCACGCCGCCUCGAAGCCUCACCAGUCCGACGGUCGGCUCGCCGCUGCGUCGUCCACCGCUGCCGUCACCCGGCGCUGCACCGCGCCGGCUGGUCGGUGGUGGCACGAGCCCGUCUGGCCGCCGCUUUGUCUCCGAAAGCGAGCUGGACCAGGCGAACGGCAACUACCCGCCCUGUGCGCCUCCUGUGUCGACGGAUCUCGCCGCGAACCGGACACUGCUGGGAUGGGAGGCGAGGCAGCCGCCGCCCCGGCCCGGGUCGCGCGGGGACGUCAGGGCAACGCCGACGCCCGGAGGCAGUAGUGUGUCGGCGCGCCGGCUCAGCGGGGGUGGCGGGGGUACCCCGCCUCAAGGGGGCGGCGGCAAGGGCUCGGUGCUUGAAGGAACCCACUACUCCGGGCGUGGUGCCGCGCCGCGCCGCCCCAUGUCAUUCGUGAAGGCGCUGGAGAUGACGGACUCCAUUGAAAAGGGCUCGUCGGGGGCGCGGCCACAGCGCAACGCCGACGGCACGACGUCCGUGUCUGGCGAGCGGCGCUCGGUGUACGACAUGAACUACGAGAUUUCAGUCUAGCCGGCCCGUGUUAUAUAAGUUUCGCAGUGUGCCUGCCGUAGUCGUGAGUGCAGGCGGAGUGUUUGCGGCUCCCUCGAGGCCUUCGCUGCCAUCAGGGUACCGCAAAUCGGGCGGAGAAAGCAAAGUCCUUCGGUGUGCUGGCUGUUGUGCUGAAUGUUCGUUUUUGGGGCACCCACUAUGUUCGGUUUGUUGCCAGCCCAUGUGGGCACGUUCACAAACACUCUCUUGCCAUCGGCACAUUAUCAAGCACCCGAGGAUGGCAUUUCCAUUGUGGAAAGGCAGCAUUGAAACAAGGGCAUACAAUGAACUGCUGCCAGGGCUCAGUUCCUCUCACAAGCAAAGAUUGUGCCCGGGGGUGCUGGGUCCCUAUGUGAUGCUGGUCAGCUCUGGUGCCCUCUGCUGCACAGAAACAUUGGAGAUGUUAUGUAUAUGUGCAGCUGUGGACACACACACUUGUUUUUUGUUGGUUGCUGUAGUCUGUGUUCGUUGUUCACUGUGUUUGCCGAGGCACACCUUUGGAGAGAGUCAGCAUUUGUGUGCCAUUGCGUCCCCUGCAUUCUCAUUGCCGUAGUAGCACUUGCCCACCCUCCCCUGCUUUAUUUUGUGCAACUUUGAAAACAAAUUCCUCUCUCACCUCCUUUGCUGUAUUGUUUUCCUCUACCAAUUAGGAUUGUUAUUUAUUAACAUAGGAUUAUUAACAUAGGAUUGUUAUUUAUUAACAUUCCCAUGUCUAGAAUGCUGAGCAGCAGAACAAGCCACCUCUGUCCCGAGCCUUGCUUAUUUUUUUUCCACGGGUAUGAAGCAUACGGUUAGGCUUAGCAAGUGUACAGCUGACAUGUCUGGAAAGGAACAAGCUGGUUUACUUGUUGGAUGGAUGGGUAUUUUGCAUUGCUUGUGUGGGUCACUUUUGAAUGCUCACUCACUUCUCUACGGCUGUAUUUAAAAGUGCGACUUUGUACAUAAGUGUGAAUAUGUCACAGGUCUAACGGGGACCUCCUUGGUGCACCAACAACCUGGAGAGCAGUGUUUGGCUCAACCCUGCCAUAUUUCCCAUUCAUUUUUCUUUUUUUCUAUUUCUCUCUACUGUUUUUAAUUAAUUAGAAAAGUAGUGUCGCAAAAAAAAAGAGGCCUAGGUGUUCUUUGUCAGGCCUGUGAUCUAGUAUUAUCAUUUAUUCGUCAAAGUGCCAAUUCGAAGAGCAGUAGUAAAUCUGUUGGUUGCACUGCAAGCGUGUCAGGAUGACGUUCAGCUUGAGUAGUGUACAGUGUGGGCCCAAGGAAUGUUCAUUGUCUUUCUUUUCUUCUCAUUUUCUUUUACACCUGUUGCUAUGUUUUUUUUUAUGUUUCACCUGUAAAUGUUGUGAUUAUUGUGAAAUUAUUUUAACAGUCAGUUUGUCUUUCUAAUAGUCUUUCUUUCGUUCACUGCACGAGACAGUUGUUUGUGCAUGAAAAGAAUGUAUGCACCACAUCACCACACACAAUGAGUUUGGCUGUAAUUGAAGCACUCAUACUUAAAAGAAUCUAGAUUUACAUACCAACAGAGAGAGAGCCCUUGCUGGCAGGGUUUUUUUUUAUUGUUUUUUUUUUCAUAAUGUGUGUUUGUGCAUGCUGACUCUCUGCUGCCGCUGCUGACAUUUUAAGGUUGAAGAUGCUAGCGUAAUUUUUAUCUUGUUUUGUUGAAUAAAUGGGUUCAGUUGGCUGAUGCGAAGCCUUGGCAAGUGUGUGUUUUGCAGAGGUGAGAAUCUGACUCGUGGUGGCUCAAGUGAUUUUUUAGGGCUAGAUUAAAACUGGACAGCAGGGAUGUGGGCAGCGCCCAGGGCCCAUGUACAUAGGCAGUUCCAAGCAGAGCAUUUGUCAAGUCUUGUUUUUAGCUCAUGCACGUUUAACACCGUAUUUUCAGUCAGAUGUUUCAAAGAAAAGACAAAAAAAAAGUAUAGUAUUAUGAACUGAAUUUGUGGUUUGACUGCUGCAGUGCAAUUAAAAUUGGCUUUGAAAUAAAGCUUGCAAGAAAAGCU